GCUUCCAACGUGCCUGCGGUGUACUUGACUCCCGUUAGAGGAAGUGCGAACCGCUCUGCUCUUUUGAAGCACACAACGACCAAGAUCAUGAACCUUCUCAUCUCUUUCGCAACCGUUGCGAUUUUCGCAUUUUCUGUCGGCCCGACGAAUGGAUAUGAAUUCUGUAACGGCGUACUGUGUGACGGUUGCUGCUGUAACAGGUACGGCGACGGUUGCUGCUCUUGUUUGACUGUUACCGUGUCGUGGUGGGGCUGGGUACUUAUCGCUCUCGGUAUCAUCGUUGUCAUUGCUGCAGCGGUCGGAUGCGGCGUGUGGCGUCGACGAGCGUACGUUGCAAGAACGACGGUGUAUCACAGCGGCGCAGCGAUGACGUCACCGACGGUCGUGACGACUCAGCAGUCGCAGCAGACUGGAGGCUAUCCGCAGAUGGGCUACGCUGCUCCUCCUGGCUACUCUGCUCCUCCUGGCUACUCUAAGUUUUGACAAAUUAAGAGCACUUUGGUGUACGUGAACGGCCGCGAACAGUCGGUGAUACGUGGGUUGUCGUCUAGCUAGCAUUUUGAGUAGAUUCUAGAUAAGCAUGCUUGCGCACGUUUGCAUUUUGUAGUGUUUGCUGUCUCGCUUCGUUGUAAUUCGGGCUGAGGAAAUUAACAUGCAGGUAGGUAUAUGA